AUGGCUCAACAUACUGAGUCUGACUUCACCGGCGGGAUGCUCGGACUGGACGAGGUCCUACGGGAUGUUGGCGUUGAUGCAUCCGGCCUCCAGCAACUCGGAAUCCAAACUGGACCUCGUCUAACUGCCCAGACGGGUGCUGGUUACAUGGACGACGAACCUAUGUCCGACGACGAACUUGUGGAGAGCGCGCCUCGCAAGGGAGCAUCGUAUAGCACCGCUAUCACUGCUCCAAUGAUGACCUCCAAUAUUGUGCAAGCUCCUGCGAAGAAGACAAAGAUUGUCAAGACGAAGCGGCUUAUAGAGCGAAAGAAGACUGUCUAUGAAAUCUUCCCAAGUUUUACCCCCGACCGACCACUUGACUUUGUCGAUCUCUUUGGACAGAGAGCAAAGAAGCCGUCUAGAAUUUGGGCCCGCGACGUACCUCCGAUUCAGGAGGUUUUCCUGCCCCAAAAGCGUAAUUAUCAAGGAGGAGUUGUUCGUGCUCUCGUCACUGAGACGAAGAAAGAAAAGGAGAAGAAACGGGUUCAGAAGGUUGUCACGGAAGCCAGCCUGGACGCUGACUUGGCCAAGGCUAUCGAGCUUCGAGCGGGAAUCGUCAAACCAGAUAUUGACAUGGAUGACCGGAGCUUCGACAUGAUCAACCUCUCUACGUGGGAGGACUCAAUCAUGUUCGACCCUAAGACAUUACCAAAGACUCGACCAGCCUUUCGGCCCAGUCUUACUACGCCAACAAACAGUACUCUUGAAUCUGGGGUUUGGACGCAGAGUAUCCUCUGGGACUCAAAGACGCCCUUUCGCGACUUCACACAAAUCGACCUGAGCUACCUCGAGGAUGCAUACGAAGACGAGGUUCAACGACCGGAGCCCCGCAUGAGAAAGCGCUUCCGGAAUGAAGCUGGUCAAGCUAUCGCCAAAGACAAGUUCAACCUCUCCAAUGACCACACAUACGAGGUAGCCAAAGAGACAAAGCUUGUUCGCCAGACCUUUGGUGCCUUGGAGGUCGAGCACGCUUACCCUGCUCUGAAACUGCAGCUUCCUUUUUACAAGAUCAGGCUCACAAAGCAGGAGUGCCGCUCCUUCCAUCGUCCGGCUCUUCACUUCCCUAUCAACCAGGAGAUCAAGUUCCAAAAAGUCAAGACUGCCCCCAAGUUGAAAGACAAAUCUGGUCGAAAGCUUGGCAAGGGCGGUGACUUUGGAGAGGGUUUGCGAAAAACAGGUGAUCUUACUCUAAAGGACACGAGCAAGUUUGUUCUUUGGGAGUACUCGGAGGAGCAUCCACCGACAAUUUCGAACUUUGGCAUGGGAAGCAUGCUCGUCAAUUACUAUCGUAAAAAGGACGAAAAGGAUGAGCACAUACCAAAGCGAGAAUUUGGUACUCCGUUCGUGCUGCAGCCCUCAGACGACACCCCAUUCUUGAAGCUAGGAUCCGUGGCCCCAGGUCAAACUGUUCCAGCUCUGUACAAUAAUAUGAUUCGCGCUCCAAUCUUUGAACACAAGGCCUCACCGACCGACUUUCUAGUGGUGCGGAGCACUGUAGCUGGCGAAUCAAAGUAUUAUAUUCGAGAAAUCAAGCAUCUCUUUGUACUGGGCCAGACAAUCCCAGUAACUGAGAUUCCCGGUCCCCAUUCGCGCAAGAUCACUACAACUGCGAAAAGCCGUUUACAACAGAUAUGCUACCGUCUCCUUCGGCGUUCAGAGGAGGAGCGCAUACGCAUCAUGCAACUGCCCAAGUACUUCCCUGAUCAGGACGAAACCCAGCUCAAACAAAGGCUCAAGGCUCACCUUCAAGAGUUUAUGGAAUACCAACGCAAGGGACCCCAUCAGGGCUUUUGGCGUCUCAAACCCAACUUGACAAUUCCUGAUGAAUCGACAAUUGUGAAAAUGGUCAAACCAGAAGAUGUCGUACUCACAGAGAGUAUGCAAGUUGGCCAACAGCAACUCUUAGAUGCCGGUUAUAGUGCGGACACCAACGAGGCAGACGACGAGCAGGCGACCAUUGUAAAGGCAAAAGAUGGAACGCCUUUGACCAUUACGCAACAGCUUGCGCCAUGGAUGACGACCAAAAAUGUCCUCCAAGCUGCCCAGCACAAGGCCAUGCUCAAGCUCUACGGCGAGGGAGACCCGACCGGUCGCGGCGAAGCGUUUAGCUACCUGAAGGUAUCCAUGAAAGAUGUCUUCGUUCGCGAAGGAGAGAAGAAACCUGGCAAGGGAGAGAUGAAUAAGUCUGGGCACAGAUACAAUGUCCAAGAGCAGCAAAAAGUUUACGCCCAGGAGAAGGAGCGAAUCUGGCAGGCGCAGAUGAGAUCGCUGAGCCGUAAAGACCCACCCGAACUCACUGAUGAAGAAGAUGAGCGACCGGCACUCAGAGCUCGGUAUGGAAGCGUCAUAGGUACACCUGCUGCCGACUCGGCUGCAUCUCCGUCUCCAAGUCACUCUUCACUUCCUCGUGCGGGUAGUCAGCAGCCUGGUGACAAGAUGGGUCAUAGAAUUCUUGUCAUCAGACGCGAGAAAAACGGUGUUCUGCAAAAACCAGAGGUCGUCCGGGAUCAAGUCGUCAUCGCCGCGUACCUCCGCAAGAAGGAGCAGAUGAAGUCUAUGGAUCUUUCUGCCGAUGCUUUAGCGCCGACUGGUGAUCAAAAGACGGACGAGAAGCGUGCCAAAGACCUCGAGUCACAGAUUGCCAAACUCAAGAGGAACCAGGAACGACGUAUCGAUCGCAAGAACAAGAAGAUUGCCAAGGAAGGUGGCGAACUGCUGGUCGCUGCGCCAAACGUCAAGUCUGAGACAACCCGCAAGUGUGGUAAUUGCGGCGAUGUUGGCCAUAUGAAAACCAAUCGCAAGUGUCCCAAAUGGGCGGAGUUCAACAAGGCCAAUCAGGCGGAGAAGGCUCAAACAACGCCUGUUGUUCACAAUUUUACGCCUGGUAUCGAUCCUAGUCUUUCUGGUACAUACUUCCCUCAGGCCCCGACUCCAGUUCUUCCGCCGCCUCGUCCGUCUCAAGCUGGACCCUCGUUCCCGCAACCCCUGCGACGACCAGCACCUGCGCCAGGCCCAAUGGCACCUCCACCCCUUCCUGCGUUUGCUCCUGCUGCCUCUUCCCCUCUAGCUAGUAAUCCCGCCUAUACGGCAUCUCAGGCAUAUGGAGAUGAUGGUGAUGGCGAUAGUUCCAUGCAGUAA